AUGUACUUCGAUUACAAAUCAAAGACCUUUCAGUCGAUCGGGGACUACGGGGCUAUGUACAAAUCUUUGUUAGGCUCAUUGAUCGGAGAUGUCCCCCAGUACUACGAGUCAUGGGACGAUGUGCCUGAGUCUCUGAGGGACAAUAUCUUGGAGGAAAUACAGCGCUGGUUUGCGAUGGACCAGUACUUAGAGCUUGAUGAGGACGACCCCACCCGGAAGGCAGCAAAACAGGCUUUCCGUGCUGAUGCAGCUAGCAUAUAUAGGCAGAGAAAGUCAAAAUUCAAAUCUCAGCAUUUUACAGCACGGGGGGUGUAGGCGCAGCAGAUACCCUGCAGACAGCACCGCCAGCUGGUAUGGACCCGGAAGAGUGGGGAAAACUAUUGCGUUUCUAUACGAGGGAUGACCGGGUCAAGCGGGCCGAGACAAACAAGACAAACCGGUCCAAACAGGCGGUGGGGACUCAGGGUCGGCGAUCUAUUUCUCUUGCCCACGAUCGGGCGUUGGUACGUUUGGUUUUAACAAAAGUAUACAAUUCUUGUGUUUUUUUUAUGCUAAUUAUUUGACUUGU